UAGAUUUUUGUGGCCCAUGCCAUUGGAACUUUGGAAUUGUGGCAAAGGCUACACCUCACAUACACAGAUUCACUAAUUAGAUUUCAUACCUUUCUCAAGCACAUUCCAUAAACACAAUUUUCAAUUUCCCGGGAAUUUCAGAGACUAAAUUCCAAAAAUGCCCCUACUACUCCGGCCACCGUCGCCGUCGCCGCCACUCUUCCACUCAUUCUCCGGCGAUCACCCUAACCUGAAUUUCAUUCUCUCUCCAAAACUCAAUAAUUUCCCUCAGCAUCAUCGGACGACGUCGCUUUCCGCCUCCCGAAACGUCGACUCGUUCACCCAGAACUCGGGGUACUUGUUCAAGCUCAGUGACUCGGAGGCGGAGUCGCUUUCGGAGUACGAUAUUGCGAGCAUUGGUUCAAUUUACAGAAGGAAGCCUUUGAUUUUGGGUCGUAGGUUGUUUCAGAUUGGUACUACGCUUGGAAAAUGGUUCGGAAUUCGGUAUAUUGAUGGGGUUAUGGAGAGGGCUGAUACCAUGUUCAAGGUUCGAGCGGCUGAGCUUCGGAAAAUUCUGGUUGAACUCGGUCCGGCCUAUGUCAAAAUUGCUCAGGCUAUUUCAUCUAGAUCUGACUUAAUUCCACCAUCAUACUUGGAUGAACUUUCAGUGUUACAAGACCGUAUAGCUCCAUUUUCCAAUAAAGUGGCAUUUAGUACCAUUGAGAAGGAACUUGGGAUGCCGAUAGAUGAAAUCUUUUCAGAAAUUUCAUCAGAGCCAGUAGCUGCUGCAUCUCUUGGCCAGGUUUAUCAAGCUAGACUUCGGGCAAGUGGACAGCUGAUUGCUGUCAAGGUCCAGAGACCUGGUGUAAAAGCUGCUAUUGCCUUGGACAUAUUUAUAUUGCGUUUUGUUGCAGGGAUAAUUCGGAGGGCAGGAAAAUUUAAUACAGACUUACAGGCAGUUGUUGAUGAAUGGGCAUCAAGCCUUUUUAGGGAGAUGGAUUACAGGAAAGAAGCAAACAAUGGAUUAAAAUUCAGAGAGUUGUAUGGUGGUCUUCCUGAUGUUGUGGUUCCCCAGAUGUACAUUGACAAAACAACUCAGAAAGUCUUAAUCAUGGAAUGGAUUGAGGGGCAAAAAUUGGCUGAAGUUAAAGAUCUUUAUCUGGUUGAGGUAGGAGUUUAUUGUUCAUUUAAUCAAUUGCUGGAGUAUGGAUUUUAUCAUGCAGAUCCACAUCCUGGAAACCUUCUGCGCACAUAUGAUGGAAAACUAGCUUAUUUGGACUUUGGCAUGAUGGGUGAUUUUAAGGAAGAACUACGUGAUGGGUUCAUUGAAGCUUGUCUUCAUCUUGUAAACCGGGACUUUGAAGCGUUGGCUAGAGAUUUUGUUACUCUAGGGCUUCUUCCACCAACUUCAGAGAGAGAUGCUGUCACAAAGGCAUUAACAGGUGUCUUUCAAAAUGCUGUUUCUAGAGGAAUUCGCAAUAUAAGUUUCGGGGAUCUCUUAGGUGACCUGGGAAUUACCAUGUAUAAAUUCAAAUUUCAGAUACCCUCAUAUUUUUCGCUUGUCAUAAGAAGCCUGGCUGUCUUGGAGGGUAUUGCAAUUAGCUUUGAUCCUAAUUACAAGGUUCUGGGUAGUACAUACCCAUGGAUUGCCAAAAAGGUCCUGGUGGGAAGUUCACCAAAGUUAAAGUCAUCUUUGCAGUCUUUACUUUACAAGGAUGGUGUCUUCAAUAUCGAGCGUUUAGAGUCACUACUAAAUGAGAUGCGCCGUGCUAGACUAGAUAAGACCCAAGUAAAGAAGGAUGAAUUUGACAAAACUAUUGCUGCCAGAGAUAUUUUAUCUUUCACAUUAGCAGAGCAGGGUUCUUUUGUUCGGGAGAUUUUUCUUGAAGAAACUGCGAAGGGUUUAGAUGCAUUGGGGAUUGCUACUAUAAACUCAAUAGCUUCUGGACCUGCUGCAUAUCUACCCUUUCCUGUUCCAAUUCUAUCAUUUCCCCUGGCUGAUGAGGAUGUUAUCAACUUGAGGAACUUCCGCCGCAUUGUGCUAUUGGUGUCAGGGCUACAGGACUCUGGAGUAGAAAUUGAAAAGAUCAAUGAAAAUCAGCGGUCAUCAACGAUGGACAUAUACCAGCUUUUUUAUCGGCUUCCACCUACUCAGGAUAUUCAACCCAUCCUUGCAGUUGUAAAUGAGCUUCCAUCAGAACAACAGCAGCAGUUGUACAGUUUGCCAUCUGAGGUGCUUGCAAGAUUUCUAUCGCGUGUUGCUGCAAGAACAGUUCGUAGAUUUUUACUUUGAAGAUUCUAUCUAAUGCUUCAUGCAAAUAUGCAAUGCGAAGGAAUGCAUACUUCCACAGAAAUACUGUGUCGUAGAUUUGAAAACAAAAGUUCAAAUUAAGUUUUGCAUUAAAAUUUAUGGUCUUGAAAAAAAAAAGUUUGGUCGCAUAAUUAAGCCAUUUACAAGGUGAAGGACUGUUAUCAUUCUUAUCAAUACAAAUGCAUAAGAAAUGGUAAAAUGCCUUAAGGUUGUGUUUGGGAAGAUAGAUUUCAUUUCAAAUGCAUCAUUUGAAUUAUUGAAUUUGAGUAUUUCAAAUGACAUGGUUUACCUUGUCAUUUGAAAUCCUUACCUUCAUGGGUUAUUACUUGGUAGUUGUAUAAUUUGGGCAAAUUCCUCAUUUGAAAUUCUUGGACAUCCAAACACUAUAAUUGUCCCAAUUCUGGAAUUUCAAAUGAAAUUUUAGAAUCCAAACACACCAUAAUAGGAUUUUUGUUUGUUGUGUAAAUAGAUUUACAAUAUGCACAAUUUUAUUAUGUAUAUUUUUAUAAAUGUGAAAAUUGCGACUAUUCAUUCAAUG